GUCACCAACUGUCGAGCAGUCAGCAGUGUCUCUUGUUCCAAGGUCACCCUUCUGAGCACCUGUCUGAAUGCCAGAUUGGGUCAUCAUAGCUUAACUCAAUUUCUGAGCUCCAGGCAUUAGACGAUCCCAUCAAGCUGGGAUUGCAUUCCACCUGUGAUGGCUCGGGCUGUCAGUUGCUUCCUUUUGGCCGUGCUACUUUCUGCCAGCUGCAAAGUCAUCAUCUCCUCGGAUCCGAUGUGCAUUGAGAAAGAAGCCAACAAAACAUACAACUGUGAAAACUUAGGUCUCAGCAAAAUUCCUGACACUCUACCAAACAAAACAGAAAUUUUGGAAUUUAGCUUUAAUUUCUUGCCUACAAUUCAAAAUACAACCUUCAGCAGACUCAUUAAUCUUACCUUUUUGGAUUUAACCAGGUGCCAGAUUAACUGGAUACACGAAGACACUUUUCAAAGCCAUCGCCAACUGAACACACUGGUGUUCACUGGAAAUCCCCUAAUAUUCAUUGCCGAAACAGCGUUUAAUGGGCCCGUGGCACUGAAGCAUCUAUUCUUGAUCCAAACGGGAAUAACCAGUCUUGAGUUUAUCCCAGGGCACAAUCUGAGAGACCUGGAAAGCUUGUAUCUUGGAAGCAACCAUAUUUCCUCCAUUCAGCUCCCCAAAAGCUUCCCAACCCAAAGCCUGCAAGUUCUGGAUUUCCAGAAUAACGCUAUACACUACCUCUCUAAAGAAGAUGUGACGUGUCUGAAGCCGGCCACCAACCUGAGCCUCAAUUUCAACGGCAAUGACAUUAAAGAUAUUGAGCCGGAGGCUUUCAUCUCAACCGUCUUCCGAAGUGUGAACUUUGGAGGGAUGGCUGACUUGUCUGUCAUAUUCAAGGGGCUGCAGAAGUCUGCCAUUCAGUCCCUGUGGCUGGGGUCCUUUGAGGACACCAAUGCGUCAGACCUGAGUCCAGCCGUGCUUCAGGGACUCUGCGAAAUGUCUGUGGAGAGCAUCAACCUGCAGAAGCACCGUUUCUCCGACCUCACGUCUGCCACGUUCAAGUGCUUCAAGCGAAUCCGGGAAUUGGAUCUGACAGCAACUCACUUGACAAGCUUACCCUCUGGGAUUGAGGGGAUGGAGUCACUCAAGAAAUUAGUUCUCAAUGUAAAUCAUUUUGAACACUUGUGUCAAAUCAAUGCUGCCAAUUUCCCCUCCCUUACACACCUCUACAUCAAAGGCAACGUGAGGAGACUCCUGCUCCGUGAUGGCUGUUUGGAAAAACUAGGGAAGCUCCAGCAGCUGGACUUGAGCCAUAAUGACCUGGAGGCUCCUGACUGCUGCAGCGUGGCACUCAGAGGUCUGUCACACUUGCAAAGCCUCAACUUGAGCUACAGUGAGCCCCUGUCUCUCCAGAGUCAGGCGUUCGACAACUGUCCCAGGCUCGAACUCCUGGAUUUGGCAUUCACCCGCUUGCCUAUGAGAGCGCAACAAAGUCCUUUCCAAAACCUCCAUCACCUGCAGGUUCUGAAUCUCUCUCACUGCUUCCUAGAUACCAGCAAUCAGUACCUCCUCACUGGACUGCCCAGUCUCCGACAUCUGAACCUACAGGGUAAUCAAUUCCACGAUGGGACUUUGCCCAGGUCCAACCUACUUCAGAUGGUGGACAGCUUGGAGGUUCUGGUUUUAUCCUCUUGCGGUCUUCAUUUCAUUGACCAGCAUGCAUUCCAGAACCUUAGAAAAAUGAGACACAUGGACUUGAGCCACAACAAUCUGAUGUACGGCAGUAUUGAAGCCCUUGGCCAUCUAAAAGGGCUCUAUCUCAACUUGGCCUCCAAUAACAUUCACACCGUCCCAAGCCAUCUGAUCCCCAUCUUGUCCCAGCAAAGAAUCAUUAAUUUAAGUCACAAUCCCCUGGAGUGCAGUUGCUCAAAUAUCUAUUUCUUAACAUGGUAUAAAGAAAACCUGCAAAAACUCGAAGGCUCCGAAGAGACCAUUUGUGCAACCCCUGCGUCGCUCCGGGGAGUUAAACUGUCUGCUGUGAAGUUGUAUUGUGGGAUUACAGCCAUGGGCAUUUUCUUUCUGGCAGUGUUUUCAUUGUUGCUCACCAUUCUGCUCUUUUUUGCAGUUAAAUUCCUCCUCAGGUGGAAAUACCAGCACAUUUAGUGAUGGAGGUUUUCAGCGAAGGCCAACAAGUGUUUAGCAAAACGCCCUUGGUGGAAACAAUUGUCAUCUGUUGCCGAGCUGUCAUUGGAGGGUUACUGGAGCUGGGCAGGUUCAUGGUGGUUUUUCUGAAGCUUCUCGCCCUUGUGAAUCAUGGAGCUCAUUAACCUCUUGGGUGGGGAGGCAACCCGGGGCUGGAGGGUCACACGCUGCUCUGAGAAACACAAAGCCAUUCCAACGUGGAGGUGGGUGGACGAGGAAGGACCCAUGGUCAGCAACGGCCAGGAGCAACCCACUCUGCCACCAUCUCACUUCCAAGUGCUGACACUCCCUGCAGCACCCCAACCCUGUCCCUGAGAGGGGACCACCCAGCACUUGGCAGUGCUGAAGCCACCCCCUGCCCCCUCAGUCUCCCACAGCUCAGGCACUGUGCCUGCAACUGAGUUGCUGGUAAUGUAUCCGUUUGGGAGACUUAGUCUGGGACUAGUCUCAAUGCUCAUUUUAAAGGAAAAAGAAAACCACAAUGAAUUUAAAAGACUGAGAAAUGAAUCUUAUUAUCAAAUAAACUCCAUUCAUGUUCUUAAUCUGUAUAUUUCUAAGGUCUCUAUGACACCUCUAAGGUGCAAAUAGCUACUAAAUAUACACACACAUAAAUAAAUACACCAGCCCUUCUUUACCCCAGUGUUUAGGAUGUCAGCCACACCUGCCUCACUCCCUUCAGAACCAGGCUUCCUUUUGCAGGUCUGGGGUUCUCUUCUUUGCACCGCAGGUGGGCUGUGGUGCAAAGUGCACCUCUCUUCUGGGUGUCGGAUCCUUGGAAGCAUCUUUUUCAGAGAAGCCAUGAGAUAAGUGGUGGUGGGUUCCCAGGCUGACCCUCAAAAGCCUUUUCCCACGGGAGAGCAUCUGUGACAGCACAUUCAUCGUGAACAGGAAAGGGUUGAAGGAGACGUCCCCUGCACGCCAGCUACCAGGAACACCAUGAGACUGGUUUACAGAGAGGUGGCUUCCAAUGAGGCUGGGCUGUCAGCCAAGGUUGUUCCGGUGACAGACAGCAGACAGGGCCAAUGAAUUCAGAUGGGCAAACAGGACAACAGAAAACCCAAGUUACAACUUAGACCUUCCCAAGGCCCAGUGGGUCACACCCUGGAGUCUGAAUAGCUGGUUACCCUUGCAGGGGACUCUUGUACUCAGUGCACUGGUAAGACCCUGAGUAAGUUCUAUAAGCAAUUUUAGGCUAGAGAUGGUACACUCAAGUAAUGAAACUCUGAUUGGGUAUAAAAGUAAAAUGGACAGAUUUUCAAUAUCUGAUCAGAAUUCAUUAGCCCUUAGGCUGCCGGCUUCACAGUGGGGCACAAUAACAGAACGGUCACUUGGGGUCCAAUCCUCUAUGCCUCCUCUGCAUAUCCAAGAAAAGCAAGGCAGGCAGUGAGUGGCGGUUGCAAGGGAUCACCUUCCUGCUCAAGGAUUUCGGGCCUUUGCCCUCACUCUUUCCUUAACCUGCAAGAUGGUGUCACUGCUCUCUAAAGGCUGAGUCCCUCACACCGUUGAGAGUCACAGCUAAUAUUUCUCCCUGGCCUCAGCCACCCCAUAUCCUGUUCACUUUCUCAGCACCUUGGUUAUCUUUAUUAUGCUUAUUGGCAUGUAGCAUUUGCUUCCUGUUUUGUCUCUCUUCCUGUCUCAACUCCAGGAGAGGGUCUUUGUCUAACGGUAUCUGAGAUCAAGCCUGGGACCUCGGAAGGGCUCCAUAUAUAUUUAAUAAUUGAUGACGGGGCCGGCACUGUGGCGCAGCGUGUUAAAGAGCCAGCCUGCAGUGCCAGCAUCCCAUGUGGGCGCCGGUUCUAGUCCCGGUUGCUCCUCUUCCAGUUCAGCUCUCUGCUGUGGCCCGGGAGGGCAGUGGAGGAUGGCCCAAGUGCUUGAGCCCCUGCAUCCAUGUGGGAGACUAGAAGGAAACCCCUGGCUCUUGGCUUCUGAUCAGCACAGCUCCGGCCAUUGCAGCCAUUUGGGGAGUGAGCCAACGGAGGGAAGACCUUUCUCCCUUUCUCUCUCUCUCUCUCUCACUGUCUGUAACUCUACCUGUCAAAAAAAAAAACUAAAGAAAAAAAAAAUUGAUGACAUUUUUCCCAGCUCCUCCUUCAGCCCCCAUGCCAGGCAUACCUACCCUUAGCAUCAGUGGGCAUCUCUACUGUUCCCUGGGCCUCCUACAAGUUUCUCAUCACGAUCUCCCCUGUUCCUGUGCCUCACCCCCAGAUACUGGGAUCUGUUGGCCAGAAGUUGGCACUGGCAGCUCAGCUAAAUGAAUCUAUGUUAAAUCUUCCUAUAUUCUAAAGGUAAGCUUAUCCACCUGUUUCUCCCAUCUCAGAGUGUGGAAGGUCCUCACUCUAAGAAUCUGGUCUUAGCAGCAAGCCACUGAGUUCCCUGCAAAUUCCGUCAGAUGUGUGCUCUUGGGGCAGGUGUUUAGCAUACUGGUUGAGAUGCCACUUAGGAAGCCAGCAUCCGAUAUCAAAGUGCCCGGGGUUCAAACUCUGCUCUGCUUCUCAUUCCAGUUUCCUGCUUCCUGCUAAUGCACACCCUGGGAGGCAGCAGAUGAUGGCUCAGGUAUUUGGGUUCCUGACACCCAUGUAACAUAUCUGGAUUGAGUUCUCAGCUUCUGGCUUUGGCCUAGCCCAACACUGGCUGUCGUGGGCACUGGGAGACUGAACUAGUGGAUGGAAGAUCUCUGUCUGUCUCUCCAACUCUCUCCCUCUCUGUGUCUACCUUUCAAGUAAAAUGAAAAUAAAUAAAUAAAAACGUUAAAAAGAGUUUCAACUUCUUGGCUUUGGGCUGACCCAGACAUAGUUGUUACAAACAUUUGGGGAAUGAACUAGUAGGUAAAACAGGUCUCUCUCUCUCUCUCUCUCUCUCUCUUUCAAAUAAAAAUACAUUUUUAAUUUUUUUUUACUAAUUGUAAGCUCUUUCUGCCUCAGGGAUUUAUACUGCAGAUGAGAAACUCUAAUUGCUGGUCUACCGCCCCAUAGCUGCCCUAUGUCCAUAAUACUAAAGACAAAGACGUACCUUAGAAAAACCAAAGCAUUCAGCGAAUCUCUGAUGCAGAGUGCAUCACACUGCAGAUGACAAGGCCCUGAGCCUUAGCAAGACGUAAUUGCCCGUCUCGCUUUCAUUCAUCAGCCAUGCUCCUCUUGUGCGCACUGCAACUUACUGCUCCAAACUGCACCCUGAUCUAAGGUCUUUUGACAGCACCUCUGUUUUAGGCAACAGUAAAUUCACCCUGCAAAGUCAGAAAGGGAGCUUUUUGAUGGCUGCUGUCAAUUUUAUUGCUUUAUCCUGGUUACCAGGAUAGAAUCUGUAGACAUGGUGUGUUUAUUGGUUUUAUGUAUUGCAUGUUGUUGUUGCUGUGACAAGCUAGUCCUGUAAAAACGUGUUGUUAUUAUUGCAUGAUGUAGCUCAGCGAGCUGACCCUGCAUUUCAAGUGUACUGAAGCAAAUAGCGUUGAAGUCCAUAAAAGCCGACUGGCCUGCCUCACAGAGGACACCCUGCUGCAUGAGCCGCAGAUCUUACAACCCGGGAGACAAUUCUACCUUUCUCUGCACCAGCGACCACUGCUGUUACGUGAACAUGAUACAGCUACCAGCACAGGCAUUGUCUGUAAAGUUUCGAGACCGGAAAGUCUUAGACCAGUCCUACUUGUCCAACUGGCCAGAAAGUGUCAUUUGAAAAGCUGAAGUCUAUAAAAAUAGAAAAUGAAUGGC